AUGGCUGACCAAACAAAAUUCAUUGCUGAAGGAGGAUCUUCCCACAGACCUCCACUCUUUAAUGGAAUUGACUACUACUACUGGAAAGGUAAAAUGAGACUCUUUCUCUUAUCUCAAGAUAUAAAUAUGUGGUCCAUCAUUGAAACAGGAAACUUCACUCCAAUGACUGCUCCAACUGACGCUGCUCCUGCUGCCCCUAAACCUCAAGCGUCAUGGACUCCUGAAGAGAAAAACCAGGUACUCUUAAACUCAAAAGCUCAAUUUAUUUUAUCAUAUGCUCUUAGCAGAGAAGAAUACGAUAGAAUUGAAGAAUAUAACACUGCCAAAGAGAUCUGGGACAAACUCAAAAUUCACCAUGAAGGAACAAGUCAUGUUAAAGAAGAAAGAAUAGAUAUGGGAGUAAGAAAAUUUGAGACAUUUGAAAUGAAAGAAGAUGAAACCAUAAACGAAAUGUUCUCCAGGUUUACAAUUAUUAUUAAUGAAUUAAGAUCUCUUGGAAAAACUUACUCUCCUCAUGAGAGAAUAAGAAAAUUACUUAGAUGUCUUCCUAAAGUAUGGAGACCAAUGGUCACUGCUAUUACUCAAGCUAAAUAUCUGACAAGUCUACCAGUUGAGGAACUUGUUGGUUCUCUUCGUGCUCAUGAAUGUAUCAUUCUAGAAGAUAAACCACUAAAGAAAGGAAAAUCAAUUGCUCUCAAAGCUGUUCAAAACUCAAAAGAAACUCAACUAAAAAUUGAGGAGUCAAAUGAAUCACCUUCUGAAGAUGAGGAUGAUUUAGCACUCAUAUCUAAACGCAUUCAGCAAAUGGUAUUUCGAAGAGGACAAAACAAACGACCAUUUCGAAGAGAUCCUCAAAAGGCUGAGAUAGAUAAAAGCAAAAUCACAUGUUAUGGAUGUAACAAAGUUGGACACUUCAAACCUGAAUGUCCUCAACAAAAAAGGUUCUUCAAAGGAACACCAUUCAAAAAGAAAUCAAUGAUGGCUUCAUGGGAUGGCUCUGAAAACUCAAACUCAGACACUGACGAAGAAGAAGCUAAUCUAUGCCUUAUGACCUCCUCUGAAUCUGAAGUAAGUCCUCUUAUAUCAUAUAAUCUAGGGAAGUUUGAUUCAAAAUCUGAAAAAGGAAUAUUUGUUGGAUACUCUCAAACUUCAAAAGGAUAUAGAAUUUACAAUCUCAAAAGUCAAUGUGUGGAAGAAAGCAUGCAUGUUAUAUUUAAUGAAACUAAUGAACCUUCAACCAUUGAAAGUCUUGAUGAUGAAUUAGAUGAACAGGUGGAAAUCCUCAACAAAGAAAUCCAUGAAGACACUAUGGAAGAAUCCCUUCCAACUCCUCCAAAAGGAUGGAAAACUGUACCACAUCAUCCUCAUAAUGUAAUUAUUGGUGAAACCUCUGAUCAAGUACGUACAAGACAAUUCUUCAAAGACAAAAACAAUAACCUAGCAAUGAUAUCUCAAAUUGAACCCAAGCAUAUAAACAAUGCAAUACAAGAUGAUUCAUGGAUUCAAGCCAUGACUGAAGAGCUCACACAAUUUGAAAAAAAUCAGGUAUGGAAUCUUGUUCCUAAUCCUCUUGAUAAAACUAUUAUUGGAACCAGAUGGAUUUUCAGAAAUAAGCUAGAUGAAGAUGGAAACAUUAUAAGAAAUAAAGCUAGACUAGUUGCUCAAGGGUAUAAUCAACAAGAAGGAAUUGCUUAUGAUGAAACUUAUGCUCCAGUAGCUAGACUUGAGGCUAUACGUAUCCUUCUUGCUUAUGCAGCACACAAAGGUAUAAAACUCUUUCAAAUGGAUGUUAAAAGUGCAUUCUUAAAUGGUUUUUUAAACGAAGAAGUUUUUGUUAAACAACCACCCGGAUUUGAGGAAUCAAAAUUUCCAAAUCAUGUUUUUAAAUUAACAAAAGCUCUCUAUGGUCUAAAAUAA